UGAGCGACGGCCAUCUGUUCAGGAAAAGAAGUAAGAAAUUCUGUGCGCUAAGCGGUGCGACGCCAGGUUACGGCAGAAAGACGAACAUUGAGUUAAAACAUGCAUUUUUCUGGAGUGGUACUUGUUUUACUUAUUGCAGCACUAGCUGCCAACGCAACUGUAUACUUUAAGGAGCAAUUUCUAGAUGAGGAUGGUUGGAAGAGUCGUUGGAUGGAAUCCACACACAAGUCUGACUACGGUCAGUGGAAACUCGGUGCAGGGAAGUUCUAUGGGGAUGCCGAGAAGGAUAAAGGUCUCCAGACGAGCCAGGAUGCCCGCUUCUAUGCCCUCUCCUCCCGCUUUGAACCUUUCAGUAACGAAGGAAAGACGCUCGUGAUCCAGUUCACUGUCAAACACGAGCAGAAGAUUGACUGCGGAGGUGGCUAUGUCAAGGUCUUCCCUGCAGACUUGGAUCAAGCCAACAUGCACGGGGAGUCGCAGUAUUACAUCAUGUUCGGCCCGGACAUCUGUGGUUACAGCACUAAAAAGGUUCACGUCAUCUUCAACUACAAAGGCAAAAAUCACCUGAUCAAGAAGGAAAUUCGGUGCAAGGACGAUGAGCUGACGCACGUCUACACCUUGAUUCUGCGGCCUGAUCAGACCUACGAGGUCAAGAUCGACAACGAGAAAGUGGAGUCCGGGACACUGGGGGACGACUGGGACUUCCUGCCCCCAAAGCGGAUCAAAGAUCCGGAGGCGAAGAAGCCAGAAGACUGGGAUGAUCGUGUCAAGAUUGACGACGUCACGGACACCAAACCCGAGGACUGGGACAAACCGGAGAACAUUGCGGACCCCGACGCCAAGAAGCCUGAGGAUUGGGAUGAUGAGAUGGAUGGCGAAUGGGAACCGGCCAUGAUCCCCAAUACGGAAUAUAAGGGCGAGUGGAAGCCGAAGCAGAUCGACAACCCCGGCUACAAAGGAGUCUGGGUCCACCCUGAGAUCGACAACCCCGAGUACACCGCCGACGCCGAAAUUUACAAGUUCGACAAAGUCGGAGUUCUGGGGCUCGAUCUGUGGCAGGUGAAGUCUGGCACCAUCUUUGACAACUUCCUGAUUACCGAUGAUGAAAAGACGGCGGAGGAGUUUGCAAACGAGACCUGGGGCGUUACCAAGGACCCAGAAAAGAAGAUGAAGGAAAAUCAAGAGGAAGACGAGAGGAAACAGAGGGAAGAGGAGAAAAGUAAGGAGGAGGAGGAUGACGAGGAUGACGACGGCGAUGAGGACGAAGGGGAUGAGGAAGACAAUGACGAGGAAGGGGGCGAAGCAGAAGACGUCGACGAUGUACCAAAAGAUGAACUGUAAAGCGGAGCUCAUUUGCCCGGAUGUGUCUCCUGUCAGGAAAACGGCAGCUCGAUAUUGACACCCUCAGCUGUUCUGCUCGAACUCUCUCUCCCUGUGUUUUUCUGGCAGGAUGAGGGGGGGCAUCUGAUCCUUCUGGUUUGGGUGGGGGUGGUGGG